AUGGAAUGGAAAGCAAAGGAGGAAGAGAACAACGUCGUCGAAUUCGUCAAGGGAGAUACGCAUGGAAGUAAAGCUGUCCCGCCACGUUUCAAGGAGCAUACCAAGCUUGUCUGCGCGAGGCAUUCAAGAAGUGGGCGAAAGAAGUACGUCAAGAAACAUCCAGAGCGUGUUCGCAAAGUGCCCAGUCGCAAGCUGGACGGCAAAGGGUGUGGCGCGUCGAUAAGCUACAAGACCUAUUUCGAUUCAGAGGAGGUACGGGCUUGUUAUAUUUCGGAGCACUCGCAUGAGAUUGGCCCUGCAAAUCUUGCAUUCACGCGGCGUGGACGAAGGCUCGCGCUUCACCAAGAUGCUCGCAAAGCGAAGACGCCAACCCCAAGUGGAUCUAAUUCGAUGGCAAUGCCUCCACCACCUAUGCUUCCUCCCGCUCCCGGUGUCAUUUAUCCUCCGCCAAUGAUGGUCCCUUGGCCAGGAGGGUCGCUUCCGCAAGACAGAUGGGAGAAUCUGGCCCAGCUUUUCCAUAGCGUCCGUGAGCACGCCCGGACUUUUGAAUUUCCUAUGGGUAGCGUGGCUGCGCUUGAAUCUGUCCUCGUUCGCCUUUUGUUGGAGAGCCCCGUUCAGCCAGGAGCUCUCCAUGUGCCUCCUGUACCAGGUCAAAUCCCUGGCCCAAAUCCAUCGCAGCAACAACAACAUGACCCAAAUAUUCAACCAAAUCUUGGAGAAAGUGGUCCGGGCAGUGAUUCUAGCGACGACGCAUGA